UGAUUGGUAUUGAAAUUGCAGUGGGGUUGAGUUAGAUGUAUUUCUUUCCAAAUUAUCAUUCUCAAAAAUUUAAGCCAUAGGUGGGUUUUACAGAGAUAUUUUACUAAUGAAUGAUUUACCAAUUUACUACGAAUGUUUUGAACAAUUUUCAUUUAUGAAUAAUUGUACAGACAAGCGUACAUAUGUUAUAUAUGUAUUAUAUUCUGACCUUUAAUACGUUAACUGAGACCUAUUUACAAUCAACCUUAUUGCAGCAAUACGACAUUGUGUAGGUCCAUUCUGAAACAAAAAAAUUCAUUAUUUAUCUUAUAUUGAAUAUGCAAGGUGUAGAAAGGCUAUAGCUACAGCAAAUGUUUCAUUGUAAUGAUUAUUACCAUUGAAUUAUAAAUUAAUUUACGAUGAUUAUAUUUAAAUAAUUAUUAUCAGGUAAAUUAAUUACCAGAAAUAAUGAUGCUUACAUAAAAGAAAAAAAAAUCAUGAAAAUGGAAUCAAAUGUGUUCUUAUUUUUUUCCAUGCACUUAAUAAAACUUCAUUAUAAUAUGUAUUUACUUCUGAUUGGUUGUAAUCACGCGAAACAAAGAAAUAAAAACGGUGUUUUCUCUCUAUGAUGUGAAACGUGCUUGCCUGCCAAACUUGUAGAGGCUGUCUGUACUGUCUUUGCAAAUAUAUUAAGAUCGGCUUCAAGAUUGGAUACCAGUGUAUGAACAAAGUUUGAAUUGUUGUAGGAAAAAUAUUUCCAAAAUCUCAAUUUUUGUACAACAUUUAAAAGUAUCGUUUCGCAAAUUAUUAAAUCUUCAAACCAUGUAAUUUAAUCAAAAGAUCACACAUCAUUAUGGAGGCAAUGAAUUUCAAACCAGAAGGCUCUGUAAUAUCCAUACAUCCGCUAAUCAUUACAAAAAAAGACUCUAAUCGAGUUCCAAAGAUAUCGGAGAGAAUUUAUCGGCCUGGAGUACUGGAAGGUAACUGGUUCGAAGACUCUGUACCAGUGACACCGGUGGCAAAGGACCAAUGGGCUAGUUUAUAUGAAACUAGUUACCGACCAUACAAAACCGAACUAUUGACAAGACCCAAGUUUGAGGCAUGGAAGCAAAGAAUAUCAACUCAGGGAAUUGGAGCUAGACUGUUGAUCGACCACCACGGAACAAAGUAUCAUAAUAAUUGGACAACGACUAAUGAUCUGAGUUUCAAAAUAUUACCACAAGGACAGGAUAGGCCUUUGCGUAGAACAUUUAGUGCACGAUGCAAAGAAUGGCUACCUGCUCAAGACUAUGCUAAAGUCUAUGGUAAUAUGACAAAAUAUGGGUUGGCUGAAUUCAUGAGACAUAAAUGGUUUAUUGAAAGUAAGCCGACACGCCCUUGGCGCACUAAUUAUCAAGAUGAUUUUCCUAAUUAUGAGAAUGCAUCAUCUGUUCGGUAACUAGAUUUUUUGUGGCAGUGCUUUUGCUAUUUAACACUAGCAUAUAGAUGACUUAAAAACUUGUUAAUAAUUUUGUAAAGUUUUCUCAAGCCGAAAGCAUCUUUGAAUGAGCCGGACUUGAGACAUUUAGGCUUCGAUCUAUCAGCUCCCCAUCAAUCCUGUCCAAUAGCGUUCAAGAUCGAGAGUUCACUGCCAUACCUUCAGAAUGUGUUGAUUGAAGAAAAGGCAGUAGCCCAAUGCUAGAGAUUUGAUUUGCAAUUGAUACCUCACUUCACUUGUUAAAAAAGACAAGAAAAACGAAUAUUACAAACAGAUAUUACUCUGUGUAAUAUAUUUGAAUAUUAUACAAACAUGUGUAUCUUUGCUUAUGUACGUUUUUUUUUUUAUAAAGUAAUUUGAUGAUUUUAUAGUAUUCUGAUUUGUUCAAUACGAUUUUAAGUUCAAGUUGGGUAAAAUGUCUUGGUGUUGGAACGCAUAUGAAUAAAAUUUUAAAUUUUCACAUUACAUAGAGUAGCAUAGUCAAGCUGUGAGUUUGUGUUACCCUGUUCCUGAAUGAAUACGAGGAUGCAUAAACUCAACAAGAUGAAAAAAAAAUUGCCAUGGAACACAAUCUAUUUAUCCAACCAUAUGUAAUACCAGUUAUAAUGGAAGGGUGUCAAGAAGAAAUGAAAAUGAUGUUGGAGUGAAUUAAAAUAUCACCAUCAAUUUAUUUUUUACUUGAAAUUAUUAAGUAUUAGGGUGGUAAUCAAAAAAAAAUUGUAUUAAUAUACUUAUCAUGCUCUAUAGAAUUUUGAUACAAACUUGCAUGGUGAAAUGAGAAGUAAAUGGUUUGUUCAAAGUGUAAAUAGUCCUAGCUGGCAAACAACAUACCAGAUUCAAUUUCCGAUUCGAGAUACAGGAGUUUCUGACAAAAUUAACAUAGAACUUGUGUAUUUAUUGUUAUUUCUAAACGGUUGACUUUUUAACAGUAAAUCACCAGCUCCGUAAUGCUUAGAACAAGUUUUUCGUCAUAUAGGAAUGAAACGAUCCAAUAUGUGAAAGUGCAGAAGCUUUGUAAGAAGAAAAGAAAGUGGUUAUUCAAAAACGAUGAGUGACCCUCAGAAAUCAAAUCAUUGUUUAAAAAAAAAAGUGGAAAAUUGAAACCAUUCUAUUGUUUUAUUCACUUUUAUAUUGAAUGCAUUCAACGGGUUUAACAAAAAGCAUUUUUCGUUUAACAAAUACACCAUAGGUAAAGUGUUCUGUACAAAAUCAUGAUUAAAUUACGUAUUGAUGUAUGUAUGUAUGUAAUACAGAUCCAUUUUAUAAAAUAUAUGAAAUAUUGACGAAACUCUACCAUUCGAAUUUUUCAGAUAGCACAGUACAAAUUUACUUCACUGAGUUCACUUACUAUA